GACGAUCGUGGGCAUUGAUGGCGGUGAUCGUUACGUCGACGGCGGUAAUCAUUACAUUGGCGAUCGCAUUGGCGGCGACCAUGCCUGCGACGACUUGACGCUUGAUCGCCUGGCGAGAACGUCCCUCGCUCGCCCCAUCCGCGCGAUCGCUCCUCGGCGAGAAAGUCCGCCUUUCCUCCCCCCCCCGCAGCGCACUGGCCCGUCCUCCUGCGUCCAGACACAACCCUGGCUCUCUCCAACAUCCGCCGUCCCGUCCCGCUUGCCCGAUUCGCCAUCUUGCAUCUAUCCCGCAAACCCGUCUCCUCAUGGCCUCCAACUCCUAUGAUCUCUUGUUCAAGUUCAUCAGCGUCGGCGACAGCGGCGUUGGCAAAUCAUGCAUCCUUCUAAGAUUCACCAAUCGUGAAUACAUCCCGACCGAAACCACAAUCGGAAUCGAGUUUGGCAGUCAAGUCGUCACGGUGGAGGACAGAAAGCUCAAGCUGCAAAUAUGGGACACUGCCGGACAGGAGAGUUUUCGAUCCAUCUCCCGGGCGUACUACCGCGGCGCCAUCGGCUGUUUACUUGUCUACGAUAUGACAAGGCGAGACUCGUUUAAUCAUCUGCUGACAUGGCUUGAAGAUGUGCGCCAGCAUGGCAACGAGGAUAUCAUCACCAUGCUGGUGGCAAACAAGAGCGAUCUGGCUUCGAAACGAGUCGUGUCCCGGGCCGAAGGCGAGGCCUUUGCCAAGAAGCACAAUCUGCUGUACAUCGAAACAUCGGCAAAGUCGGGCGAAAAUGUCGAGGAAGCCUUCCUGGAGCUGGCACAAGAGAUUUACUCUGCCUUGAAUCUGUCACAGGACCUGACCCAAAUUCCUGAGGCCGAUCUACGCCGCUUGGAGCAACACGGUGUCAAGAUUGGACCCAAACGCACCCUCAACAUCAACCCAAAUGCACCGUCGUCCACAAGCAGCCCGCAGUGCGAAUGCUGAGUCCCCGUUCGCUUUGCUGUCAUCGCGCAAGCUUGCCCGCUGGCUGCAUAGGUGUUGCCGAUACAUGCGAUCCUUUACUUCCAUGCAUCGGCGUCGGCUCCGUCCCAUCUACCGAAGCCCCGAAACACCGAAAUAUCAAUCGAUUCCGUCAAUGUGUCUGAGUAGCACCCAGCCCCCACACCCCCUCAUAUCCGAUCGCUUCUUGAUGGCCGUGGCGACGGCGAGGAACAGCGAUGGCAGCAGUCGAGCGGCCUGUUUUAUAUUGUCUGUUUGGUUCCCUUUCCUUUCGGGUUGUCCGGUUUUUUUUUUUGCUUUUCUUUUUGGUCUCGGUUGUUCAAUACAAUGUUUCUGAAAUGA